GAUCGAGUUCGAUUUCCCCAGUUUUAGCUUCGAACUGUGUGGGCUGUGGGGCCCCAAACGUUAAAAAAGCAGCCGAAAAAGGAAAAAAAAACCCAUUCAGUCCGCAAAAGUGACUGUUCUCCGUUCUCCGAACGAAGAGAAGCUGAGGGGGUUUUGGCUUUCGGUAUCGGAAAAUGGGAAACUCUUCGAAGGACGACUCGACCACCGACGGCGACACCUCCAGCGGCGACACUCCGCCUUCCAAUCCCAACCUUUAUGCCGAGGGCGAGAAGGUCCUCGCUUACCAUGGCCCUCGCAUCUACGAAGCCAAGGUUCAAAAGGCUGAGCAAGGGAAAAAAGACUGGAGAUACUUUGUUCACUACCUUGGAUGGAAUAAAAAUUGGGAUGAAUGGGUAGGCUCAGAGCGUCUGAUGAAACAUACCGAAGAGAAUGUGUUAAAGCAGCAGGCUCUUGACAAAAAACAGGGCGUAGACAAGAACCCAAAGUCUGGACGUUCAGCCCAAACAAAACCUAAAAGCUCUGCUGAUGCAAAAGUGGAGAAAGAGGACCUCAAGACCAAUGUGCCAAAAGGGAAGAAGCGGAAGAAUGACUCAGGGGCUGAGAAAGACACUCUAUCCUUUGAAAAGCUUGUGAAAAUUCAAAUUCCAUCAACACUGAAGAAGCAACUUGUUGAUGAUUGGGAAUAUGUUACACAGCAGGAUAAGCUUGUUAAGCUUCCUCGAUCGCCAAACAUUGAUGAUAUUUUGAGAAAGUUCCUUGAAUACAGAUUAAAGAAGGAAGGAACGAUCCCUGAUCCAGUUGUAGAAGUUUUGAAAGGAAUACGCUGUUACUUCGAUAAGGCACUGCCAGUGAUGCUUUUGUAUAAAAAAGAACGCAAACAGUAUCAAGAAGCAGUUAAAGAUGAUAUCUCUCCAUCAUUCGUAUACGGUGGUGAACAUUUACUACGGCUAUUUGUUAAGCUGCCAGAGUUAUUGGCAUUUGUGAACAUUGAAGAGGAAACACUUACCUGCUUACAACAGCAAUUCAUUGAUCUUCUCAAGUUUAUGCAGAAAAAUCAGAGUACAUUCUUCCUCUCUGCAUAUGAUGGCAGCAAAGGUGUUGAAGGAAAAGGCAAAGACUGAGCAUUUACUAGGAGCGCUUCAAGGUUGCCAUUUAUGAGAGUGAGUGCAGUGGUGCAGAGUAUUCAUGACCACCUUGGUAUGGCUGUCUUCCAACUUAAAACAAAUUGAGGAAGAUGAAUGCCAUUGUUGUUGUUGUAACAGUAGCAUUUAGUUCAUUCUUUGAUUUCAACCCAGAUUCAUUCGGGACAGUGUUGUACAAUGAUGAGAACAACUCCAUACUUGACUAGCACAUUGGUGAAUGUUUUGUUAUUAUGCUAAUGAUGUUCAUCUGUAAGAAAUGAAAUGUAAACUCUGGUUGAACUCGGCAGUUGGCAUUGACUGGAUGAUAAUGCGACAGAAUUAGUGGUAGACC